CUUUCAUUCAAUAAACAGACCAAAUGGCCUGUGAUUGAGCUACUGUCCAGCGUCACACAGCCGCCAUUUCUGGAAAGUGAUUGGCCGGAUGAUGGGAGCUCGGAGGAUGAUUGGCUGGAAGUUGACCGCAGCAUAAAUAUGGAAGCUUCGAGCCGUCCGGUCCAAUCUGUGGCUGUUCCGGUGGUGGGAGUGACCCAGGGCAGUAGUCUGAACCCCAGGGGGAGCAGAGCCAGGACAGCAGACCUUCCCACACAAUCUGACACAGGUCCAUCCUGGUCUCAACCCCCCGAGAAAACCACCAGCAAGAUGCCGACCUGCCUGAGAAUGACCAGCCCCCCCACGUCGCAGCCCAACAUGCAAUACACACAGCCGUCAUCGUCCCCCCUGAUUCGACCAGCCCGGUUUCGAGUGAAGGUCCGAGUUAAGGACCGCGUUAAGGACAAGCUCUUCCUCAUUGCUGUUCCUCACAGUGACACAGACACGUACACCAUCUCGUGGCUGGCAAAUGAGGCAGAGGUGAGAUAUAGCCAAGAGUGUGGCCUGAGACCCCGGCUCUCUCUGACCAGCGACGGAGCCUUACUCUCUCUACAUGACCCAAUCGUCUACCUUCUCCAUGACAACGAGGAGGUCCUGGCUGAGGUCCUGUCCUGGGAUCUGCCUCCAAUCUCUGACAGAUACAAGAGGGCCUGUGACAGUCUGGCACUGGCUGAAGACCCUUCCAUGUCAAAGAUCCUUCAACUACAGGAAAGUGGCUCCUCCAUUGAUUUAUCCAACCUGUCCUUGAACACGGAGCACCUGACCCCCAUCCUGCGGGCGCUCAAGCUACAGACCACCACCCGCCAACUCUGCCUGUCCGGCAACCGCCUGGGCGACGCUGCCGUGGAUGAGCUGCUGGCCAGCCUGGUGACCAUGCCCAACCUGACCCUGCUGGACCUCUCGUCCAAUCAGAUCACACAUGAAGGCCUGAGGAAGCUGUGUGAGCCCAGCGCACCCUCCAGGGAAUCCCCCUUUCAGAGUUUGGAGGAGUUAAACCUCAGCCUCAAUCCUUUGGGUGAUGGCAGCUCUCCAUUCAUAGCCUCGCUCAUCAGAUCCUGCCCUCUACUGAGCACCCUCAAACUCCAGGCCUGUGGGCUCACAGCCAAGUUCUUGCAGCAUUUCACACUGAGCUGCAGGAUGAAAGGAUCCCGGCAACUGAAGGCGUUGGCCCUGUCCCACAAUGACCUGGGCUUCAAGGGGGUGCAGCUACUCCUGAAGAUCCUUCCCCACGAUGUCCUUUCUCAUCUGGAGAUCUCCUCGGUGCUCAACAGCCUGGAUGACAGGCCGUUCCUGGAACUCUUUGUGAAGUACUUCACCCAGGAUGGCUGCGUUUUGACUCAUCUUAAUCUUUCCAGAAACUCAUUGACAGAUGAUUCGAUCAGAAACUUUGCCAGGUGUUUGGCCUCAGCCCCAUCGCUGACAUCCCUUGACUUGUCGGAGAACUCAGGAAUCGGUUCCAGGGGGCUGGAGAUGCUCCUGACGGCACUUGCCGAGAGGGAUUCUUGGAUGGAAGUCCUUGAUCUAACAGGCUGCUCUGUACCUCAUAACAAUAUCGAACCUGACAUUGCGAGGUGGAACUUGGGAGAUCUGCGUCUGUGAGUCCCGAUGGAAUAGAACAGGAAAAGCGUUGAAUUCCAAAAAAAAUCUCCAGAAUGUAACGCCAGCAGGAUUGCCAGAAACCGGGACUAACGUGGAAUCAUUUAAUCAUAAGGAAGGAGGGUUGACAUUUUACUCCUCAAUCCAUUCGUGACUCCUGGACUUAAAAGGUGUCACAGGAGCAGGAGGAGGCCCUUUAGCCCCUCGAGCCUGUUUCACCAACCAGCUAGACGAUAGCAGAUCUGCAUCUUAACUCUGCUCACCUGCCUUCGCUCUGUACUCUCUUACAUUUCCACCUAGUUUGACUUACCAUGUCUUCUAGAGAGAAUUAACGUGCAGAGGUAAAGAGAACAAAACGUCUCUGUGUAUUUAAAGGGCCUGAUGGGUCAAGGGUGCCCACCACUGCCUUCUCUGCCCACCUGCAGCAUGGUUCUGCUGUUAAUCCUCCUCACCUCUGCCCUUUUCCAAUGGGGAAUGGAUCCCUGAGCACUGGCUACCUUCCCGAUGCCUCAGUCUCCAUCCAGACCAUGAGUGCCAACUGGAGAGGGGUUGUUCUUGAAAUCUAAUCCUGUCCUCACCCAGUGUGCACAGCUAUUGUCCUACAGACAGUGAUCACUGAGGAAGCUCAGGCUGUCUAUCGUCUGCCUAAACCCAGGGGCGCUGGGGCUGGCUGGAGCAUCUCGGUGUCAUUGGCUGUGGUUCCGUGCUGGUGCUCUCACUACUGAAUCAAAAGAUCAUGGCUUCAAUCAUCACUCUAGUGUCUGGAAGGCAAAAUCCUAGCUGACACUUCCAUUGGGAACCCAUCUAUUUAUUACUCCUGAACCUUCCGACUCUCUGGCUGUGUUCCCAGCCUUGACUCCUCCUUAGAUAAGUCUGCAUUUUCCCUCUGUGUCUCUGUUGGCCUCUUCCAAAGGGCUUAUUGAGGAACUCGUCACUACUUCAUGAGCAGCAACCCCAAGUGUCUGAUCCCACUCUCUGACUGACCAAGUUUCUAACCAGUGUAUCUGCGGAAGGACCUUUCCCUCCAAAAUGGCCAAGCGAGACACUCAGUUCAGGGGCUAUUAGGGGAGGUCAACAAAUGCCGGCCUAGCCAGCAACACCCACAUCCCAGAAAGAGUAAAGAAAAAGACAUUGUCAUCACCUUGCCGAUCCCCUUCCUUGUCUAACUCACUUCUCUCGGUGCUGACCCUGUGCAUUCUGCCUGUGGAUCAGCUCUCCUCACUUGGUAUCUCCCACCAAACGUCUGUUCACUGUGAAUGAAGCACCCACAUGCUGCAGCAGCAACACAUCACCCGCCCUGCCAUCACUAUCAUAUAUUGUUUAAUUACUUAAUUAAUUACUCUUGAAGAAUCCCCCACACUUUACACCUUAUUUUUAUUAUUUAUUUUUUUACACCAGUGUUGAUCUUAUACUGAACAAGCUAUUUUUAAGAAAAAGAGAGUAAAAAAAGACUAGAGAGCUAAACACAAACUCAAGACCUUACUUUUAGUUUAAAGACUAGAAAUACUCACCGAUCCUCCUCACCAAUCAGCUGCUUUCCCUGCACGUUGUGGUUUGUGAUGUCACUCCGCCGCUGGUCUCACUGCAGGUAGGCCUCUCGAUCGGCCCUUUUCUCCUCCCCCGCGUUGUUCCAGUGAAGCCGAACGCAAACUGGAGGAGCAGCACCUCAUCUUCCGACUAGGCACUUUACAGCCUUCCAGACUGAAUAUUGAAUUCAACAACUUUAGGUCUUGAACCCUCCUCCAUCCCCACCCCCUUUCCGAUCCUCCUUUUCAAUAUUCAUUUUUAUGUUUUUAUUUUUUAUCCACUUAUUAUUUUCAUUUUAUUCAUUGUUUUACCCCCCCACCUCCUAUCCUAUUUUUCAUCAUUUUUCCUGGCACCAUCCCUGCCCCACCCCACCCCCCCAACAGGGCCGUCUGUCACUUGUUCAUGUUGUUCUUUCCAGAGUGCUUGCCCCUGGCCCACUGUUACCACACUCUGCUUUCUCACCUUAAUGCCAGCAUCAGGCAUGACUAGAUAGGUAAGAACGGAACCAGGAGAGAGCUGGACGACAGUGGAGAGGUGUUGGAGGAGGAUGGUGUGGUCAAACUGUGUUAGAGGCUGCAGACAAGGCUUUAGCCGGUAUCACCACGGUUAACACCCUUUUGUCCAUGACAUUUUUGUCAAUCUCUCCUUUGCCUCCACCUAUCGCUGGUCUUCUAUCCAGCUUCACCUGCCCACCCCCUUAAACAGUAUCAAUUCCAUCACAUUUUUACUUCUCUUUAGCUCUGAAGAGGAGUCAUACGGACUGGAAACGCUAUCUCUGUGUCUCCCUCCACAGAUGCUGUCAGACCUGCUGAGUUUCUCUAGCUUUUUCUCUUAUUGUUUCACAGGCACCCGCCCCCCCAACUCUCGUCCUUUAUCAUCUGACGUGGUCUCACUACAUCCACUGUACCAAUCACCGGUGAAGUCAUCUCUGAUCACUGCCUCGCUCCCCCCCCACCUCCCAAAACUACCUCCUGAGUUCACUCUGGAAAAACUCUCUCCUAUAACUGCACUUACAAAAUUCCAACUGUCUGUACUCUCUCCCUCCAUUCACUUCAUUUCCAAUCUCCUCCGUUACAUUCCCAGCUCUACCGUUGAUGUCCUCUUCCCUAUUAAAACCAUUACCCUCUCUCACUCUGGCUGCUGCACUCCCUCGAGUCCAAGGGACACAGACUUGAAAGGAUAUGGUGGACUGCUUUACAGAUCUGUCUGGCUGGAUUGUUUCAAACACUGUUGCCUCCUGUUCCUGUCUGCUAAAACUGUUCACUAUUCCACAAUCAUCCUGGGCUGCAAGGAUAAUCCUGUUGUCUUAUCUCUGCUAUAAACCGUCUUCUUUAACCCCUCUCCCCUGUACCUUCCAUCCCCACCUCCAACAACAAAUGUGAGGAACUCAUGGACAUCUUUGUCACUGAGAUCGAGCCCAUCUGAUCAGCUGCCUUUGCCACUUCCCUCCUUCCCAUUCCUGACUGAACCUAGCUUCCUCUAAUGUUCCCUCCUGCCUGAGCUCUCAACUCACAUCUUUCUCUAGUCUCUCUCCAAUCUCUCCUCAUGUCCUCUCUGAGCAUCUUGUCCACGAGGCCCUUCUCCUUCUCCCUUGACCCCAUACCCACAAAAAUGCUGAUCACCCAGCUUCCCUUCCUGGUCCCCAUGUUAGCCGACGUUGUUAAUGGUUCUCUCUCUUCAGGCGUUGUCCCCCUCUCUUUUUCAAUCUGCCAUCAUCUCUUCUCAAAAAGACCAACCCUUGACCAAUCCGUCCUUACAAACUACCAUCCCAUCCCCAACCUCCCUUUCCUCUCCAAAGUCAAUGAAUGUGUUGUUGCACCCCUCCCCCACCCAAAUCCAUUCCCAUCGUUCCCAGAAUUCCACGUUUGAAUCCCUCCAAUCAGGUUUUUGCCCUGCCACAGUUCCAAAAUGCUUCUGAUCAAAGUCACAAAUCACAUCCCAUGUAGCUGUGACAGGGGUAAACUUUCCCCCCUCGUCCUUCUUGACCUGUCUACAGCCUUUGACACAGUUUGACCACACCAUCCUCCUCCUCUGACACCUCUCCACUGUCGGCCAGCUGGGUGGGACUGCCCUCGCCUGGUUCCAUUCUUACCGAUCUAAUCAUGGCCGGAGAAUCACUUCUAACGGCUUCCCUUGCUGCUCCCGCACCGAUACCCUGGUGUCCUCCAACAAUCCCUCCUGUUUCUCACCUACAUGCUGCCCCUCGGUGACAUCAUCCAUUCUGAUGACACCCAGCUCACCUCACAACCACUUUUCCCAAAUCCUCACUGUUGCAAAAUUAUUUUUUUAAAUUAUUCAUUCAUGGGAUGAGUGUCGCCGGCAAAGCCAGAGUUUGUUGCAAUUGCCCUUUGACGGCAUUUAAGAGCCAACCAUAUUGCUGGGGGUCUGGAGACACGUAGACCAGACCAGGGAAGGUCUGACAGAUUUCCUUCCCUGAAGGACAUUAGUGACCCAGAUGGGUUUUUACAACAAUCGAUGAUAGUUUCAUGGUCACCAUUACUAAGACUAGCUUUAUAUUCCAGAUUUAUUAAUUGAUUAGUGACCAUUAAACUAACAUCGAUGUUGGAAAAACCCACCUACUCCACGAAUGUCCUUGAGAGAAGGAAAUCUGCUGUCCUUACCUGGUCUGGCCUACAUGUGACUCCAGUUUGAAAGUAACCUGAUCGAGUGCCACCACCAGCAAGUUCCCCUCCAAGCCACGACAGUCUUGGCAGGACUAACAGCACGGUGGGUGUACCUACACCACAUGGACUGCAGCGGCUCAAGAAGGCAGCUCACCACCCCCUUUUCAAAGGGCAA